GUAAAGUUCUGAUGGAAAAAAAUAUUCAGUUCAAACCCUUGCUAAUGUUUUCCCUUCUCUCAGGAUCACUAAGAAUUUUCCAAAUAUUUGUUUUAUAUUUUUCCACUUUACUCUGCACUUCUCACACACACGCACACACACACACACACACACACACACACACACACACAGAUACAGCAGGAUGUUCCCGGUGUGUAGACAGGACCGACCUGUCUGACCCGUCAAACGUGGGUGUGGUUUCCUGAUGUGAUGAGCUUCACGUCAUUCACAGCUUCGAAGAUCUGCAGCUGUGCCUUCAUCACACCGUUUACAGGAAAAUAUUAGACAUCGGGAUGGAGUGAUGAAGCGGAGUUACCAUUACCACUCUGGAGUUCAUGUUCCCCUAACAGAACUUCCCUGAGUGUUUAAAUCCUCUGUGUAGUAAAACUUUCACUUACAGCUUUACCUCUGAUUGGAACAAAGCGCUGACACUGGAGACUCCUUCCAUACGUGUUACACAAACAGUUUAACAUUAAAAAAAAAUAUUCAUAACAAUUGUAGAAAUGAAAACGUAUCAGAGCGAGCGCAUUAAUAUAAACCUGGGAUUUGCAGCUGCACUACUCUCAGUGCUGCUGUUAUAGAAAACUAACCAAAUGGUAAAUGGUCUGCACUUAUAUAGCGCUUUUUAACCUUUUUCAUUCACCCAUUCACACACACCAAUGGUAGCAGAGAUGUCAUGCAAGGCGCUAGCUUGCCAUCGGGAGCAACUUGGGGUUCAGUGUCUUGUUCAAGGACACUUCAGCAUAUGGAGUCAUGUGGGCCGGGAAGCGAACCACCAACCCUACAAUCAGUGGACAACCCGCUCUACCACCUGAGCCACAGCUGCUCUAAUCAACACUUUCUUUCUGACCAAUCACAAUCCAGAACUGUGUCAUUAAGCCCAAACCUCCCCUUCAUACCCACAGAGACAUAAAGCGCUGUUGUUGUGUUGUUGUGAGUCUCAGGGUGACUCACGGAUUUCCUCUCUGAUCAGGAAACUAUGCGGCCUGAACCACACACGCACACACAUACACACACACAUUCUAAUUGGAGCUGCAGCUAAAUAUACUCUAAUAAACACAGUACACAGUAACACUGACACUGUAAUACACACGGGCAUAGAGAGAGAGAGAGAGAGAGAGAGAGAGCGUGUGUGUGUGUGUCCAUCUGGUCUGGCAAGGCCACACACUAAGCCAGGUGGUGUUCUGAUUAUAAACAAAAGCCGAAUUUGUUGUUUAAUCAUUUAAUCGAUCUCACCAUAGUAAUAGCGUCGGCCUAAAACGCCUUUAUUACAAAAUCCGCCAAAAUAAUAAAUGAGUAAAAUGCGACUCUGUUAAUUCGGGAAAAUUAUGUUUUAUUUAACGUCACCCUGAUAUAUCUGUGCUCAGAGUGUAGAGAUCUGACCGGUAGCUUCCAAACAGAACCUUUGUCUUGUUAACAAUAAAUGAAUCGAUUUGAUUUAACAAUAAAAAAAAAAUGACGUCACGUGACGCAUCUUGGCCCAAAUCUGCGGAAAAUGCGGAAAUUUUCGAAAAUUGCACGCAAAUUUUGCGCUAAUUCCUGCGAUUUCCUUGAUCUGGAGUGACUCCUAAGAGGCCGUGCGUUAUAAUCAUUUUCUUUCUUGUUUACUCAUGAUCACCAAAUCAUUUUCUCGCGAUCAUGACGUAACAAAAAGCUGUUUUCUCACAACAAGAAAAUCCGCGCUCGUGAACGGGACUGGUCAGAUGCAAACUGUUUAAACACCAUCUUUCAAACGUCAUUGCGUAGCCGUGCGGUCGUCCCGGUCCCUCGAGUUGGCUUUCAGUGUAACCGACUACACGUUCAGGGUUGCUAUAUCGUCUUCGAGCCAUAAAGUUGUGGACGUAACAGCCUCAAUCCCAAGUGUCGGACUCUAGUGUACGGUACAUACAGCUAUUUCAGCUCGAGCGCGUCCCUAAUCAAAGCAAAUACGCUUUUGCUGCCUCCAGAACAAUAAGAACAUGUUAUGCCGAUAACAAACAAGAAGGAGAAGGACAAGAAAACAAGAAGGAAGAAUAACACUAAUGCAUGUAUAUAUAUAUGUUUGAUGUUUUACCAUGGCUGUAAAGGACUUGUCUAUUACAAACACACUAAUCAUGUGGUCACUAAUUGUGUCUCUUUUUUCCUGUCCCAGAUAACGGAGGUGUGUGUGUGUGUGUGUGAGGUGGAGCGGCAGCAGGAGCGUCCUGUGUGAGUGAAGAGCAUGAGGAGAUGGAUGUGGAUCAGUGUGAUUAUUCGGAUGAUCCGUGGGUGAUCACGGCUGAACAGUUGGAUUAUUACACGCAUCAGUUCCUCAGUCUUCAGCGCGACCUGAGCGGCCUCGUCCUGGGCCCUGAUGCGAAAAACUUCUUCACAAAGUCGAAGCUGCCCAUCCCUGAGCUCUCUCAUAUAUGGGAGCUGAGCGAUGUGGAUCGGGACGGAGCCCUCACCUUCCCAGAAUUCUGCACGGCUUUUCACCUGGUCGUGGCACGAAAAAAUGGUUACCCGCUUCCUGAUCACCUGCCGCACACACUCCUCUCAGCUUUCAGACCUGCACCUCAGGACUCGCAGCCUCUCAUCGUGUUUGAGGACGCAGAGACACUCAGGCAAAAGGAAAUAGACAUUAUCAACCAGCAGGAAGUCAGAGACAAGAUGCAUGAGCAAGAAUUCAGUCAGGAGAGAGCAGAUGAAAACCAGCCAAUACAGCAAAGCAGCACUUUAAAACCAGAUCCUCCUACUGAGCUGGAUAUUAAUGCGAAGUCAAGAACGAGACCCAGGUCUUACUCCAGCACCUCUAUAGACGACGCUAUGAAGAAAUCAGAAGAGCCCCCAACUCCUCCACCACGUCCUCAGAAAACGCACUCUCGCGCUUCAUCGCUGGAUCUGAACAAACUCCUGCAGCAGGGUGGGAAGAGCGGCUGGCUUCCUCCUCCUCCUCCCACACUUCCACCUCGAACUCUGACCUCACAGCAGACGCCUCACUUCCUCCCCGGGGCGGACCAGAACUCCCAGCAUGCAAUGCAGAAGCCUUAUUUUGCAGACAUUAACAAGUGCAGAGUUCAGGAGGAUUCAACAGUGCUCUCCCCAAGUCACACCCCUCAGAAACCUGUGCGCAGAAAACUCCACUCGGAAAGCCAGAAUGCCAGUCAUACAGUGGGCGUGGCCUAUGCAAACCCCGCCUCUUCAUCAGUGCCCAAACUGGCUCAUAGGCAGAAGAAAGAGAUUCAGACAGCCAUCAGGAAGAAUAAAGAAGCGAACGCAGUGCUGAAACGCCUCAACAGUGAACUGCAGCAACAGCUAAAGGAGAUUCAUCUACAGAGGGUUACUUUAGAGUCUCAGCUGGACCUGCUGCGUCCAUCGGCCUCUACCUGACCUCCUGAAAACACACACACAGACAAACACACACACACACACACACACACAUACACAGUCUGGAACACAGACUAAAAGCACACUGUGUCAGUGAAAAAGGUGCAAAAAACCUGAAUUUCUAUGGAACUGCGGUAUCUUAAGAUUUGCUUUGCUUUGAUUAAAAUCUGUAUAGCAGGAA